CGAGAAAUUGGCAUUUUGAAGAUUCUACGCCAUGACAACAUCGUACCGCUGUUGGGCACAGCGACAGGAUUUGGAUCGAGGCCAGAGUUGCGAUGCUUAGUAACUCCGUGGAUCCCCAACGGCACAUUGAAUGCCUAUCUGGCAUCUAAUCACAACGAUCUAACAGUGCUAGACCGUUCAUGUAUGCUAGAGGAUAUCAGUGCUGGACUGCGUUACUUGCACUCGGUGCCCGUCGUGCACGGGGAUAUAACAGGGGCGAACAUACUGAUUGACGAGGGAGGCCAUGCGAGGCUAAUCGAUUUUGGUCUUUCCACCAUUAUCCGGCCCCUUCUCGGCCAGUCGUACUUGGUUGCGACAUCGAUGCACCCCGGUGCAAUCCGCUAUGCAGCACCAGAACUUGUUCUAUCAGAUGAUUCCGGUGACGUACCUUCGGAAAAACCGGACAUCUACUCUUUUGGUUGUGUAAUGCUUCAAAUUCUCUCGGGUCGACAUCCUUGGUCUGAGGUCAAGUCUGAAAAGCCGGACAUGCGUAUUAUUAUUAUGAUCUCCCAAGGUCAUUCCCCGGAGCGCCCCAACAGCCAUCCUGCAAUACUGGACUCAGAUUGGGACAUCAUUCAAAAAUGUCUGCAAUCCAGACCCACGCUUCGACCUUCAGCAGAUGAAGUACUCGACCUUGUCAUGCAUAGGUCUUCUUCGCCAGGUCAGCCUGCAUAG